AUGAGUUUUCUCAUUAGCUCUUCCCAUUGUCACCACCUUUUUGGUUUUAAUUCUUUUUUGCCAUAUUCUUUCUUAAUUCCCUUCCAUAUUCCACCCCCUACUUACACCGUUUCACUCACACUGCAGAUUUUCCUUCGCCCUCUUCCAUCGUAUGGCACCCUGCUCAAUGGGCUCAGUCUAUUUGCUCAGUCUACUGUCCUCACGUUUUCUCUUCUCCAUUUGACAAUCUUAUAUUCUUCUUCCAUUCAUUGUCUUUCUCCUCUUAAUUUGCGUCUCUUAUUUAUUUCUUCUUCUUCUUCUUCUUCUUUUUCUUCUUCUUCUUCUUCUUCUUCUUCUUCUUCUUCUUCUUUUAUGAUUCAAUAUUUUCUCGUCGUCUUCCGAUUCUCCUUCCUUCAUGAAUUCUCUUUCUGGCCCAAACGUUUCUUAAUUAUAUUUCUUCAAUCGUUAUUCUUAUUAUUAUCCUUCCUGUUGAGGUCGCCGGUGGGGAAGAUAUGCCGUCACUCUUUCACCAUGCCUUCUAGAAUUGCGCUGAUGAACCUAAAGUCUACCUAUCAUUUUAGUCUAGGCCAUUUUACUGUAAGUAAAGGGAUUCUAUCUCUUUCAUUUGCUUCCCAGACAAUUUUUCUCACUGCUUUGUCAGAAGCGGUAAAAUCUACAACCGCCCUUGGUCACAAACCGCAGCGGUUAUGUGAGAAAUUACUUUAUUUGUGGGGAGGGGUAGUCGAAUUUCUCUCUCUCACUCUCUCUCUCUCUCUCUCUCUCGCUUUCUCUUUUCUCCCUCUCUCAUUCUCUCUUUCUUUCUUUCCUUCAUUCUUUCUUUCUUUUUCUUUCUCCCUCUUUCACUAUCUCACAUUUUCUCUCUCUCUCUUUCUCUUUUUUCUUUCUCUCUUUUUCUUUUUAUCUGUGUCUCUUUCUCUCUCUCUCUCUCUCUCACUCUUUCUGUCCCCCUCUUUCCUCUUUCUCUCUAUCUUUCUCUUUCUCUCUCUCACUUUCUUUCUCUUUCUCAUUAUCUGUCUUUCUGUCUCUUACUCUCUUUUUCUCCCUCUCUCUUCUUCUUUCGCUCUCUCUCUCUCUCUCUCUCUCUCUGUCUCAUUCAUAUACCGUCAAUACUUGGACUAUCAAAGCCCUUUACGUCAUCAUUUCAUUUUUAUUGUUUUUCGCGGCUUGCAUUUAUUACGCUCUCUUCUUAUAGACAGGAAGAUAGGAAAGAACAAAUACAAAUAUUAG